AUGCGCUGUCAAGCCUUUCUGUAUCGUGUGACAUCGUGUACUUCCUGCUUCUUGCAGGCAGCCAGUGCCACGAUCGGGUCUGGCGUGGGAGAACCAUCGGCGGAACCUCCUGCUAAGCCCCCGCAGCCAAAGCCGCAGCCAGUGACAGUGAGUGCUGCACCAAAGGCAUUAAAGGUCCUCACGUUUCCACGUCUUGUCGCAGCUAGUGAGAUACUGGAGGACUCAGAUGACGAAUUCCUCUAUUGCGGCCCAAAUCCUACAGAGGAGUCAGUGGCUUCGGAGGCCUACCUUAUCAAGGCGUGGAUGCUCGGACCUUUUGAAGAGGAUACGCAGAGGAAACGGCGCGAGCGCAGAGAAGAGGCUGCCCGGAGAGGGCUCCACUCGCUGAUUCUGCCCCAGGGAGAGAUCGAAGGGGAGAACCAGAAGUACAUCUGCGUCUUCCAAGUGGGAUUGGAAGAUGACGAAGAGUUUUGCCUCGUCAAGAGAAUACUUGGGAAGGCUGGAAACAAUAUGCGCCGCAUAGCUGAUGAUUGCAAUGCCAAGGUUCGUUUGCGGGGCAUUGGCAGCGGCUUUUUGGAAGGCUCCGACGGCAAGGAGGCUAACAUGCCCCUGCAGCUAAACGUGAGCUGCACGGAGUAUGCAGAUUAUGUGUCCGCCGUCGAUCAGGUGGCGACACUUCUGAGAGAUCUGUACAAACACUACAGGCGUUAUGCCCGGUCCAAGGGCAUGGAGCCGCCAGAUGUGCGCCUGAACGUAGAGGAAGUCCGACGUGACGACUUGCGCCUUGACCAGCUACAAGCGAAGGCAGUGAAGACGCCCGCUGAGCGAGAACAAGAACGACAGCUGAAGAUGGAGCGCCGUGAACGCGAACGUGAGAAUGAUCGCAAGAAGCUCGGGACAGGCGAGCGCAUCACCAUCGAUCUCGAGAAUGCGCUUGGCGGUCCCGAUCGUCCAAUCAGGAAGCCUCCGAAGAUUGACCGACAGCUCGGCGCUCCAGCUGAAGCUGGAAGCAGCAGUGAAGGUGAGGACGCUUACGGAACCUACGAUGACGAGCUGCAGUCCAAAGGUACUGCGACUCUGCGUUCUGGAGCUCCGAUCCCGACAACUCCGGCGGGAAGACGCGCUGCAGCACGCUCAGGUGGUGCUGCAGCAGCUGCGCUUGCAGCAGCCGCAGCACGUGAGGCAGACCGUGAAGAACGUGAGAAGCUGAAAUUCGAAAGAGAUAGAAGACGAAAAGAGAACGAGGAGAAAGCAGCGGCCGCUGCGCGCAAGCCUGGUCGGAAUGCACCACGGGGGAUGGGCUUGGUCAUUCGGUCUGCUGGCGAUGCGCAGCAGCUCUCGGCUGAUGGGCAGCUGCCCAUUGGCGCAAACACCGCAGCGAGCCCUCCGCAACCUGUCCCCAAAGGUAAAGGGAAGUCCAAAGGCAAAGGCAAGGAGGGAAAGGAAGGCAAGGAUCGAGAAGGGAAGGGCAAGUCUGAAGGAAAGGAUGGCAAAGGCAAAGGUAAGGAGAAGGGCAAGUCGGAGGGGAAGGAUGGCAAGGGCAAAUCCGAGGGUAAGGGCAAGUCCGAAGGAAAGGGCAAGUCUGGCAAGGAUUUGCCUGACCCCUGGGACCCCUGA